AUGGAGGGGACCACGGACACCCGAGAACCGCGGGUGCGCUCUCGUGCGGAGGGGGUGAACCCGGCUGGCCGCAGCAAAGCACCGCUGCCUCGGGAAGUGAACAACGAGGGUUAUGCACCAACUGCACCGAGCAGAAGCCGUGCUCCGAGUUUGACACAUUUGACACGGAAGGCGACGGACGGCUCGGGCUCACGGAGCCCAGCUUUCGACUACGAGCAGAUGGCAAACGAGGCAGCUCGAGCGAGACGACCAGAGGUGCCGCCGAUUGAGCGCAGAACACUUCAAAAGCGCGACAAUCUUGUGGACUUCAUCCUGGCAGAUGCAGACACGGCUCGGGCUACGACUCCGCGGUUCAUCCGCGGCCCAUCGAUGAAGCGGCAAGCCAUGAGCACUUGCUACAGCCAGUUCCCAAGCAGGAAGCAGCUGACUCCUCGAAGACAUGGAGCGAAGCAG